AGCCGCCUUGGCUCAGGAUGUGCCGGCCCGACGGCCCCGGGAAGCCGGUGCUGCCAGCUCCUGCGCACCGGCCCGGCAGCCGCAAUGCGGCUGCGUCGGGCCGGAGCUGGACGAGUGCUGCUCGCGCUGGCCCUCCUCGGCUCCUCGGCGCCGGUCCCGCUGUGCUCCCUGGCGCCCUUGCCGCUGGCGGCCCCAGCCGCCCGCCGUGGCGCGGCGUGCGCCAGGUGGCGGCGGCGGCCCACAGCGGCUAGGUGCGCGGCGCCGGGGGCGGCGCCGGAGCCCGCCGGCGCGGCGGCCGCCGCGCCCGAGCAGGGCUUCUACGAGGUCCUCGGGGUGGCCGUGGACGCCGACGCCGCCACGCUCAAGGCGGCGUACCGUCAGGCCGCGAGGGCCGCGCACCCGGACCUGGCCGACCCAGGCGAGCGCGAGCGGAUGCAGGAGCGGUUCGAGGCCGUCAACAGGGCGUUCGAGGUCCUCUCCGAUCCCGAGAAGAGGCUGGCCUACGACCUGCGCGGGCUGGCCGGCCUCGCGGAGUUCGAGUUCGACGGGGAGAGGAGCACCACUCCAGGGCAACGUCUAGGGGGAGUGAAGGGCACACUGGGCACCACUUUUGGAAGCGCGAGGACUACUUCGUGGGGCUGAUGAUGGAGACCAUCGACAUCCCCGUGAAGGACAUCCGCGAAGCCUAUGCCGAGGCUACUAAGGAUCCCGUUGGCGUGGGCCAGGCGGUCCUCGUGAAGAGGACGGAGGAAAAGCGGGCCUUGAAGAUUGUCGAGGCGCUCGAGGAGUUCGGCCUGGCAUGCUUGGCCGAGGAGGUCGAGGAGGAGAACGUGGACGAGGUGGACGUGUCAGCCUCAUACUAGCCCGUUUUGGGGGGAGAUGCAUUGCGGUGGCCAGACAGCGCAGGCUUUUCUGCCCAGACAAGGCCAUCGCAUUCGUUCCCCUCCUGUCUUGCCGACUCGGUCAGCACAGAUCGCUGGUCAGGCCGCCCUUGUCACCCAGAAUUUCCGCGAGCCCGUGCAAAAUCGUAGCUUGGUUCAUGGACAUGCAGCAUGACAGUUCUUCUGUGGGGCGUUCCAUGAUGGCCUCGCGUUCGACGGAUGAAGAAGGUGCGCCCUCGGCGG